GCUUAGGCUGUUAAUGAUAGACUAUCUCAGCGUGGAGCAUGCGGCUGGAAUGCACAACAGCUCAAGCCAAUUCUGCUGCAAGCCCCACUAGUCCCACCUCCCUGCAGAGCUGCUUGAGUGACAAUUUAGUGCAGACAACAGCCCAUGGAUGUCAGACAGAAACCCAGAGUGCCAUCCCUGCACACAGCAUGAUUGGAAAUCUGGCCUGUACCUUGGGAAGACAAACAGGUGCUGUGGCUCCUAGGAUCAUCCAGAUGAGAAGAUUCCUACAUGGAACUCAUUUCAGGGUUUCAUCUUCUGUGGAGGAAGCUCUGGCUGAUGGGAGACCGAUCGUAGCCUUGGAGAGCACCAUCAUUACACAUGGCAUGCCCUAUCCCCAGAAUUUGAGCAUGGCCAGAGAGGUGGAAGAGAUUGUAAGGACAAAUGGGUCAGUACCUGCAACCGUGGGCAUUUUAAAUGGCAGGAUCCACAUCGGCCUCAAUGAUGAGGAACUUCGGUUUCUGGCAAAGAGCAAAAAUUUAGUUAAAGUAUCUCGGAGGGACCUUCCCUACGUUCUCAGCCAGGGUUUGUCUGGCGGUACCACUGUGUCAGGGACAAUGAUUGUGGCACACAAAGCAGGAAUCCCCGUGUUUGUGACAGGAGGGAUCGGAGGGGUCCAUCGCGAAGGAGAGAAGACUAUGGAUGUGAGUGCUGACCUGACCGAACUAGGACGCACUGCAGUUGCUGUGGUUUCCGCAGGCGUUAAGUCUAUUCUGGACAUUGGUAGGACGCUGGAAUAUCUGGAGACUCAGGGUGUCUGCGUGGCUGCCUUUGGAGACUCAAGGGAAUUCCCUGCCUUCUUCUCCCGUCAGAGUGGUUUCCAAGCACCGUGUCAGGUGCAGAAUGAGGAGGAGGCUGCCAAACUUAUUGCCAGUACAUUGGCACUGGGCCUGGGCAGUGGAGUGUUGAUCGCAGUGCCCUGCCCUAAGGAGGACGCUGCUUCAGGACAGGUCAUUGAAGAUGCCAUCCAAGAAGCUCUGAGCAACGCCCGGUCGAAAGGGAUCACAGGAAAAGAGCUGACUCCCUUUAUGCUACAGAAGGUGAAUGAAUUGACUAGUGGAAAAUCGCUGGACUCCAACAUUGCUCUGAUCCAGAACAAUGCCAGAGUGGGCAGCCGCAUAGCUGUGGCCCUGAGCAAGAUCCAAACUGCCACAGGGAAGGGCAACCUGCUUCGGUGUGAGAAAGUAACUGCACUUAGGCCUGUGGUGAUUGGAGGCAUCAAUGUGGACUUCAUAGCCAAGGCGAGGAAUACCACCAUACAGGCUGGCGGACAGACAAACGCUGGGCAAGUGAGCCAAUCUUUCGGAGGUGUGGGGAGAAACCUGGCAGAUUGUUUAAGCCGUCUUGGGAAGACCCCUCUCUUUAUCUCAGCUCUGGGGAAGGAUGAACAUUCAGAGUCCAUCUUGCAUUACUGUCGUCACAUGGACAUGGCAGGAGUCCUUCAGCUUGCAGGGCACAGUACAGCUACCUACUGUGCAGUGAUUACAGGCAGCGGGGAGCUCAGCCUUGGCAUGGGAGACAUGGACAUCCACCAGCAGAUAACAGAGCAAUACGUGUCCAGGUUCAAGGAGAGUCUGUGCUUGGCCCCACUGGUAUGUAUUGAUGGGAACGUGCCAGUUGCCACCAUUCAGUACGUCUGUGAAAUUGCUACAGAGCACCAGAUACCCGUGUGCUAUGAGCCAACAGAUGAGAACAAGGCUUCUAAGCCAUUCCUUUCAGACAGCUGGAAAGCGCUGACCUACAUCUCCCCAAAUCUGCGAGAACUAAGGGCAAUAAAUCGGACCCUCGGGCACCCUGUGCCAGCAGAGCUGCCAUGCAGGCUGGAGGAUGUUGUCAGGACUGCGAUGACCCUAACCCACCCCUUGCUGACACAACUGCAUUGUGUGGUGGUGACACUCGGCAUGCAUGGAGUCCUCUUGUGUGGCAGAAGAGUGGAAGGGAGUGUCUCGCUGUGCCCUGGAACUGGCAAACAGAAUGCUGCAGGCGAGCUCUGUGCCACCCACUACCCAGCAAUCCCCAUCUCCAGGGAAGAGAUAGUGAAUGUCUCAGGAGCGGGUGACAGUUUAAUGUCAGGGAUAAUCGCUGGGCUACUUGCUGGGCAUGACACAGAUACCUGCGUCCGGAUGGGCCUGCUCGCUGCCUGCCUCUCCCUCCGUUCAUACGAGCCCAUCUCCCAGGAGAUCAGUACUGUCAGCGUGAACCUGGAACAGGUCAGGGCUAGGAGCUGGCCAGAGGUGAAGAUGUGGAAGAUGAAUUAGAGCUUGUGCUCUAGAGCUCUAGCAGAUGUUACCUCGCCAUUCCAACCACACCUGAAGCGCAACAUGACUUCAGAUUUCUACCCCCCACUGUCAGUCCCCCAAUGCCACACAGCCAAUAUCUGGUACUGCACCUCCCAGAAAGCAAAAAAUCAGGGUGCCUAAACAGCUUGGGUUGCACCUUCCUGAAAAAGCUUGUAUUUCUUCCUCCCAUAUUCGUAGCGUAGUCAACUGUUUCUCCAGCCCAGAGAGUUGAACCAAACUCCUUUGAACAGCCCUGCUCAGCCAUCACUUCGGCAAAACAAUGGAUAGCUCAGACAAUAUGCUUAUUAUAUAUGCGCUGGCCGAACAGCAGCCCACUGGCACACAGUUCUAGACCAUGGCCCAGUGAUCAAAGUAGAGCAUUGUAUGCUGUGACUUAAAUAUCUAGAAACUUCUAUAGCCCCUCUGCAAUGUCCAAGUGCUUCCAAAACACAUAUGAACAUAACCUUGCAUCUCCUCACUGAGGUGGGCAAGCACCAUUCUUGUAUUACAAAUGGGGGAUGGAGGCACAGAGAUUAAGUGACUUUCCCAAGGUCACAGUGAGUCUAUAGCACAGCUGGGAACGGAACCAAGAUUUACCAGUUCCCAGCCCAGUGCUUAACCACAAGACCAUCCUUCUACCUAUGGCUUUUCUGGCAUCCAACUUUUUAUUACUGAGGGCAGUAACAAUUUGCUCCAUUAAUACAAGUUAGAUACAGUCCUUCAGCUUCUAGCAAGUUGCUAAUCCUCUGACCACUGAGCGAACAAACCUGUGAGAAGUAGCUUUAUUCCAUCUGGCAUUGGGGUGCUCUUAGGGUCACAUCUGCCCCCCUUAUAAAGCUGCAGGAGGGUUAGCCACUGGCUCACCUGGAGGCAACAAGUCAGACCCCCUUUCCUGGAUGAGACUUCUGCCACCAUAUUCUGUUCCCUGCAUUUGGAAAAAAGUUCUGUUUUGUCUCCUUUGUCCGUUCAGUCUCCAAGACAUAGU